CGUCAUGUUGCUGAGGGGAGGGGCUCUGUGCUGAAACGGCGGCUCGUGUGACAGCUCACAGGGAACUCGGGGAAACUUCAGAAAGACACCGUGUUUCUUGGGCUCAUUAAACCUACUUCUCCGCAUCAAUGUCUCGCAGUCCGUCUGUCCGCCUUCGGGGGUAUAGCUGGCCCUGUGCUUGCUGAACGUAUUGGUUAUGGAGCAGCACGUUAGUGAUGAUGAAUCACCAGUAGUUCUUAGAAGUGAAACCCGGAGGAGGAGAAGAAAAAUGAAAGCAUUUACAUCAAACUCAUCUGUAGCAAUGGAUCAUUUAGCAUUGGAGUUUGUGCUUCCUACAACUAACAAAACAACCAGAAACCCCGACACACUGCAGUUGGAUGUGAUUGGGAACUGGACAGUAGAGCAGGUAAAAGCCCAACUGUGGCUGAAGGCAGUCACAACCAACGUGUGUCCAGAAUUCUACCAGAAGUACUCACCAGACCACUGCAUCCUGCUCUACCAAAAGAAGGGGAGCUGGUGUGAGAUUUAUGAUAAGCACCAGGUGUUUCAGACCCUUGACUGCAUUCGCUACUGGAAAGCUCUUAAAAAGGAGGUUGGAAAAAUCCAUCUCGUUCUGAGGCAACAACCCUCUGAAGAAUCAGUCCAGUACCAGAAAUUUCUAAAUCAUCUUAUAGGUUAUGAUGUCACAGAUGUCAGUAAUGUUCAUGACGAUGAGCUGGAGUUCACAAGGAGGAAGUUACUUACAACCAGAAAAAUUGAACUGGUUGACCGAGAACCCAAACUUUACUCAAUGGACCCCUGGAUAACCACCAAACCCUUACCUGAUUACCUGCUGAGUAAGAUCACUAACAACCACAUUCUAAUUGUGAUACACAGAGAUACCUCAAGUCAGACAAUAAAGGUGUCAAUUGAUGACACACCAUUUCAGGUUCUUCAGAGUUUUUUCAUAAAGACUACCAACAAGAGGGCACUACUUGGCAUACCUGAGGAUGUCAAUGAAUCAGAUUUUGUUCUGAGGGUUUGUGGAAGAGAAGAAUAUCUUUUUGGAAACUAUCCCAUCAAAGACUUCCACUGGAUCAGACAGUGCAUCAAAAGUGGAGAAGAGAUCCAUUUGGUGCUUGAAUCCCCUCCAGACCCUGAACAAGAUGUGGUCCAAAAGGAGGAUUGGUCACAGGUGGAUGACUGCACUGGUGUAGCUGGCACACAUGAGCAAUUGACUAUUAAUGAGAAAGACCAUGAGAAGGUGUUCACCGUCUCCCUCUGGGACUGCAAUCGCAAGUUCAGAGUCAAAAUCUUGGGGAUUGAUAUACCAGUCCUGCCUCGUAAUUCAGAACUGAUAGUCUUUGUGGAGGCCAGUAUUUUCCAUGGGCAGCAGCUGCUAGCUCAGGAGAGGACAUCCUCAAAGCCUUUCACUGAAGAGGUGCUGUGGAAUACCUGGCUUGAUUUCAACAUUAAGAUCAAAGAUUUACCCAAAGGUGCCCGUCUAAACCUGCAGGUGUCAUGUGGUAAAGCACAAACACAGACCUCAAAAGACAACAUUUCACAUGAUUGCAAGAACAAGAGCCGCCUGCUCUACUACGUGAACCUGUUAGUGGUGGACCAUAGGUCUUUACUUAGACAGGGCGAGUUCAUCCUGCACAUGUGGAAGAUGCCUGAGAAAAGUGAGGAUAACAGUAGCGUAAAUGCAGACAAACUCACUUCUGCCACCAAUCCAGACAAAACAAGUUCCAUGGCAAUUGCAGUGCUACUGGACAAGUAUUGCUACCCAGUUGCUUUGCCUAAGAGCAGAGAUUCUCGAGAUACAUCAGAAAUGGAAGGAGAAAGGGGGAAAAGAGAGAUGCCUAACCAUUUACGAAAGCAGUUUGAUCAAAUCGUGGCUACUGACCCUCUGCAUCCACUCAGUGCAGAAGAUAAGGAACUCCUCUGGCAUUUCAGACAGGAGUGUGUGCGGCAUCCUACGGCCUACCCUAAGUUUCUUGGCUCUGUGAAAUGGGGAAAACAGGAAGCCGUCAUGGCCACACACCAUCUUCUAGAGAGAAGCACCACAUGGGACCGGAGCCCUCUAGAUGUGGGUUUAGCCAUGCAGCUUUUGGACUGCCACUUUUCUGAUGCAAAUGUGCGCACUAUGGCUGUCAGGAAAUUGGAGACUCUUGGUGAUGACGAUGUCCUUCGGUACCUUUUGCAGCUGGUUCAGGCUGUGAAGUUUGAACCCUAUCAUGACAGUGCACUCGCCAGAUUCCUCCUUAAGCGUGCACUCAGGAGCAAACGAAUUGGCCAUUUCCUGUUCUGGUUCUUGCGGAGUGAGAUAGCUCAGUCCAUGCACUACCAACAGAGGUAUGCAGUUAUUUUAGAGGCCUACUUACGUGGCUGUGGAGAUGCCAUGCUGCAGGACUUCAGGAAGCAGGUGGAAAUUACUGAGGCACUACAGAAGGUCACCCGUGAGGUCAAAGCCAUAUCUGCUGAGAAAUAUGAUGUGUCAGCACAAGUUGUUUUUCAGCUGCGCCAGAAACUGGAGAGUCUGCAAAUGCAGGGUUUGCCUGAGAGCUUUAAAGUACCAUAUGAUCCUGGCCUGCGAGCUGGGGCACUGGUGAUUGAGCAAUGCAAAGUAAUGGCAUCCAAAAAGAAACCCUUGUGGCUGCAGUUUAAGCGAGCUGACCCCACCACUUUGUCGAGCGAUACCAUUGGGAUCAUUUUCAAGGAUGGAGAUGACCUUCGUCAGGACAUGUUAAUUCUACAGAUUUUGUUGAUCAUGGAGUCUAUAUGGGAGACUGAAUCACUAGAUCUGUCUUUACUGCCGUAUGGUUGUAUUUCCACUGGAAAUAAAAUUGGAAUGAUUGAGAUAGUGAAGGAUGCUACCACCAUUGCAAACAUCCAGCAAAGCACUGUGGGGAAUACUGGGGCUUUUAAAGAUGAAAUCCUGAACCAGUGGCUUCGAGACAAAUGUUUGAAUGAGGAGAAGUAUCAGCAGGCAGUGGAGCGCUUUGUGUAUUCCUGUGGAGGUUACUGCGUAGCAACCUACGUCCUGGGGAUUGGUGAUCGCCAUAAUGACAACAUCAUGAUCACUGAAUCUGGUAACCUAUUCCACAUUGACUUUGGACACAUUCUUGGAAACUACAAGAGCUUUCUUGGUAUAACCAAGGAGAGGGUCCCCUUUGUUUUAACACCUGACUUCCUCUAUGUAAUGGGCACAACAGGAAAGAAGACAAGCCCCAAUUUCCUCAUGUUCCAGAACAUUUGCGUGAAGGCCUACCUGGCUCUGCGCCAUCACACCAACUUGCUUAUCAUCUUGUUCUCAAUGAUGUUGAUGACUGGCAUGCCCCAGCUGACCAGCAAGGAGGACAUAGAGUACAUUCGAGAGGCUCUGACUGUGGGGUGCACAGAAGAUGUGGCUCAGAGACACUUUUUGGAUCAGAUUGAGAUCUGUCGUGACAAGGGCUGGACAGUGCAAUUCAACUGGUUUCUACACUUGGUGCUUGGCAUUAAACAAGGUGUGGAAAAACGAUCAGCCUAAGCUGAGUAUUGAAACAGUGUUUCCAAAGAGUAUUUUAACAGCAAAUUAAAUUUUUUAUGUCAAGGUUUAGUUUUUAUUUGCAUUUCUUUCAUUUGCUUCGAUGUGUUGCCUGAGAGAGUUUAAUAUGUCACUUAUCAAUUACAAAAACAUAAAAGUCAACUUAAUGGAGGUUGGUUUGGUAUAAAUGUGCAUGGCAUUGCCACCUCUUGCUUCCUGAUAUUUGAUACUUCAAAUGGACUAUUUCAACAGACAAAAAUUCAGAGUACAUGGUUCAUUUAACACAUGGGCAUAUAUGACAUUAAAAUAAGCUCAAUGAGUAGCUCUCACUUUUAAAUUAUAACCUUUUAAAUGAAAUAAUGCAGAUGAGCUCACACCAAGGAUGAAUGAACAUUGUCAGGGCUCAACAUCCCCAGAGCCAAACACAGUGCUUACAAGAUGUUAAGUUUGGUUAGGGUGGUUAGCUUAAAUUUCUAUUUUAUUGACAUCUAAACAAAAUGUGUGCCUUUGGAGAGUUUGGACACAUAACUUUCAAAUUCUAUGUGCAACACACAAAGGUGUGGUUAUGCAUGUAACCGCCAGUGCAGUUUCCUUUUGAAACUAGUGGCAGCUCUCAUUUCCUAGCUGAGAACUAAUAACAAAGUCAUUAGCUCAUGACCAUGAGCUCAUAUGUGUAGCCUACAAAAGACUGCCAGACCACUUUUAUUCUCUGGCCAUUUGUCAAUCCCAUUACUGCACUCUAUUGAAGAUAAAAUCACCAUUACUUUUUCCUGUUUAGGAUGAAAAUGACUCGAUACUGUUAGGGUUCGAUACUGUUUCUGACUGAAAGUGAAAGUCACGUGAAACAGUGAACUCCAUCUUGCCACGUAGCACAUGUCUGCCAGUGGUGUUCCUCUUAGUGCCAACCAACAGGCUAACCUGUGUUUAGGCAACAGAGCCCUUUUAUGGUACACCCGAAACCACACAAAACAGCUGGUCUUUGACCCGCCAGCUGGCAGUCACUUUCACAUAGCCAUUGAGAGGACACAGGACUGGCCUGAGCACUUCUUAUCUGCAAGAACAGAUUGGUUGUUAGUAGUAAUAAACCAUGCCAUCAUUAUCUUUGGGAGUAAUACUGAAUUCAGCCACAGCUUGACAUUGACUCAGUGAUGCCCUUAGUGAUGGUCUGCAAAAAAGCUGUUUAAGCUGCUUUAUGUCUGUGUCUUCUAUUCGAUCAUUGGCAAGUUUCUAAAGCUGCCAAGCCCCAAGUCUGGAUUCCACUGUGGUGGCCACAAAGGUUUCACACCUUAAAGAAAUGUCUGUACUAGUUCAUGCACUCGCAGUGACAACGCAUCAAUCAAUCCCCUGUAUGUAAGCAAUGCUGCUGCAUACACUUUUAGGGUAGAUAAAGACAAGAUGUUCAUAUUGUAAGAUAAGCGGUUUAUUCCCAGUGUUUUACACCAGUGAGAAAACAUUCCACUUGCUUGUAUAAAUCAAGUGCAUAGAUGGAGCAUGCAUGCUCAUAAGAGUGUGAACAUGGCAUUACAGUGGGUUCUCUCCCAGGGACUAGAUACAUAUUUUCAUGGUGUGGGGUCUCCUGUGCCACAGUGACGCUUCUAUCCCUGCAGUGACAUCUGUAACAGUGGCAGAGGGGUUAAGCAGUAUAGAGUCUUAAAUUUGUCAUGCCCUGUUUCUGUCCUGUCCAUGAACCAUAUUUGACAGUGAGUCAAAUGUGAGACAGUGUCUGUUUACUCCUUCUACUGUGAAUUAGGUAAUCCAAGUUACCACCUCAGGACACAGGCUUGCUGUGAGACGGCUGUCUGAUUGAAAUGGCCCAGUGAGUAGGCAGCUGUCAGAGACAGAAGGUAUACAUCUGCCUGUGUCCAGAGCUUGUUUGCCCACCUCAAUAUUGUUUGAGAUUGGCGGUUGGUGUAAAACAUCAUUGUUUGUCCACAGUAGUACGUGUGACACUAUAUAGGAGUUCUCGGAAGUGUUACAGCACUUGCCACACCCUUUCAUGUUGACAAAAUAAUAUGCAGCCUCGUUCUUCCAUUUUCUCUUUGCUUUCAUACACAUCUGUCAUUACUACUUCCCUUUUCUCAGGAAGAAAUACUAAGGGCAUGGAGUCUCUCUCGUGAUGUGCUGCUGAGCAGCCAAUCGUCUAGAUAGGGAAGUACACACAGACCCUGGCGUUGCAGAGGCUCUAGGAUGGGUGCUAACGCUAGCCCAGAGGGAAAGAUUCUGAAUUGGUAUUUGAAUUUUGCGUAUGUGGAUGUGGAGAUCUUUUGUUUGUGACGGUGCAGAUUUGGCAUAACAAUUUCAUGCAAUUUUUAACAAGGAUUUUUUUUUUGUAUCUGAGGAAGAACAUGACAUGGCAGGGGGCUUUUUUAUGACUACACGUGAGGUCAGACUCACACGGCGAUUGGCUAGGAAAUGUGCACACUGAAAGACCUCAGUGGUGGUCCAAAACAUAAGGAAGUAGAACACCUACAUUUUUAAGUGCUAAAUUUGUUUGGGCGAAAUGGCAAAAAAAAAAAUGCUCUAGAUGUCUAUACCACCUGAUUUCUCUCAGGAGAUCUUUAAUAAAUAAAGCUUACUGGUGAAAUGUUAGACUUCGUAGAGUUAAAUGUGUUUCAUUGGUGCAAAAACAGAUUUAUGUACACAUGCAUUUGGUGAAGUAAGCAUUUUGUGUUCCUGCAAUACAAAUUAAAUCUGUUAUCUUCACCGAUUUCA